AUAUAUACGUAAAACAGAAGUUUGUGGUUUUUGUUGUCGUUGUUCUUAGACGUGUCUAUUGUUCCAAGAGAGAUCUGAGAGAUAGAAAGAGAGAGAGAAUGGCACUAGAAACUGCCAUUUUUCCAGCAGAUCCUUUCAGCAGCCAUGGCUACAAGGAUUUUCACACCUCCUUAGGAGGAGUUGGAACUUGGAGCCAUGCAGCUGCUGCUGCUGCUGCAGCAUAUACAGGUGGUCUCGAGAAAGUCGAUACGGAUCAAGAUCUCGAUAUGAUUUGGAACUGCUCGCCUAAUUCAUCACUACCCUUGCAGAGUUUUAAUAAUGAUCCAGCGGAUACCAUUUCUUCCUCCGCUGAAAAUUUCAGCGGCAGCAAUAAUAAUGGAUAUGUUGUCGGCGGCACUGUUGUUUCUCCGGUGAAAUCUACAGUUACUACUACUAUUACCGGCCGGAGAAAGAGACGGCGUACGAGAAGCAUCAAGAACAAGGAAGAUGUUGAGAAUCAGCGGAUGACUCACAUUGCUGUUGAACGCAAUAGGAGGAGACAAAUGAAUGAUUAUCUCUCUGUCCUCCGUUCUAUGAUGCCUUCUUCCUAUGUUCAAAGAGGAGACCAAGCAUCAAUUAUUGGAGGAGCCAUUAAUUUCGUGAAGGAGCUUGAGCAGCUUCUGCAAUUCCUAGAAACCCAGAAGCGAAACCAGCAAUCGGAUUCCAAUUUAUCUACCCUCUUCUCCGAUUUCUUCACCUUCCCUCAGUAUUCAACCUCGACCCAGUUCAACAACUCGUUAUCAUCAGAACCCAAAACAUUGAUGGCCGAGAAGCAGUCCACAGCAGCCAUUGCAGAUGUGGAAGUGACAAUGGUGGAAACCCAUGCCAGUAUCAAAGUGUUAAUAAAAAGGCAUAAAAAACAGCUCUUUAAAAUGGUUGUUGGUUUGCAUUCUCUACACCUCCUGAUUCUUCACCUCAACAUCACAACCGUUGAUAAUAUGGUCCUCUACUCUUUCAGCGUCCAGGUUGAGGAUGAUUCUCAGCUCACUUCAGUAAACGAGAUUUCAGCUUCAGUUUAUGAGAUGUUGGAGAGGAUCCAAGAGGAAGCCGAGUACAGCUGAAUAGGCCUAAAAAUUUCUCUUGUAAGCAGUGGCAAUAUAUAUAUAUAUAUAUAUAUACAUAUAUAUGUGCUUUGUGCUUCAUGUAACUGGACAAAUAAAUGCUUAGGAAAUUAGAUUAGGAUUUUUUCUUAUGGUUUUGCAUUUGGGUUAAUAUUUUAAUUUUCUACAAUGAAAGUGACAUGGGCUUAAAAAUCUGAAUGAAUAGCUUUAUACUUUGUUCA